AUGACUGCUGUACCGAGAGUUUAUUCCUUAGUCAAUAAUCCAGUUGCUUCCCUGCUUGCAUAUGAGAUAGCACAAUUGCCAAACCAACCAAAAGUAUCUCAAGUAGUGCUAUUAUUAAAUGAUCGAAAGAAACUAAAUAGGUUUUUGGACAAUGAUUCCAAAUUACUUCUACAGAAUUCUGAAGGUAUCAAUUUCCAUCACACUCAAUUCAUGGCUUCUCACAGACCUCCUGUAUAUUCCUCCGGUGAAGUGGCGGCAAUGGACAAUUUUAUAGUUUCUGCGAAACAUUCACACGCUAUGAUCCGAUCUAUCAAGAAAUUCAAAGAGUCUUUAAACCGUAAUUCCAAUGUCUUACUUUUAAAUCCACCGUUUGGUACAGUUGACGAGCUUUAUAGAAACAUUUGGUCUCGAGAGGAACGGCCUAAUAUUAUUGUGGGUGUCACUUCAGCACAGAAUUCAUACUAUGCAACAGAACCGUCUGAAUUUCAUAUUAGACUUAGGCGAAAGAAUAUUCAUUUGAAGAUGAGCCCUUUACCCAGAACUCUUUCGAACUAUGGCCACGAACAAGCGGUACAAGACCUACAGAAGUUUAAAGAGACGAAUGAUUUGAUGAAAGUAAUUCAGAGUGCGUCCCAAAACCACAAAAGCCCGAUUGAACUCGAUCUUACGCUGUAUCCACACGAUGAAUUACUCCUCAUGAGAUUGGAAAAUUUAAUCAUUUCAAGUUGUAUUAAGCCGUUGGCGUUUUUAUUCGAUUGUUAUUCUAAGAGCGAACUAUUAGGUUCAAAAAGGACAUUAGACAUCAUUCAAGAAUUAAUUAAAGAACAAAUAUCUAUUCUUCUAUCGAGCCAUCCAUUCCUGCUGAGUAUCCCCCAUUGUAAUAUUGCAUUAGAUGCUGAUAGACUCUAUGACCAAGUGAUAAGAGUUAUGAAAAGAUCUAGGAUGAAUUACUUAAAUAAAUUGGAAUGUACCAAUGUCAGGGAGUUGACGGGAUAUUUUGUUCAAUUGGCAUAUUAUAGAAAAUUGGAUUGUAAAUGGAAUCAAACUAUUACAACUCUUGUUGAGGGGAAGACUGAAUUUCAAAGACAUAGAGAAUUAGAUUAUCUCCACUUGUCGUGA